AUGGACUGGUCAACCCUCCCCGACGACGUGGUUCGCCUCGUCUCCGGCCGCCUCCACGAUCCGCUCGACUUCCUACGCCUCCGCGCCGUCUGCCGUGCUUGGCGCUCUGCCGCCGCCUUCCCUCCUCCCUUCCUCCCCUGGCUUCUCGCCUGCCCCUGCACCGCCCAUCCCAGUGACCCCACCGCCGCAGCCCUCUCCUCUCUCGCCUCUGGCGACGUCCGCUCCGUGGUCGCCCCCUCGUCCUCCCACCGCCUCCUCGGCCCAACCCGCUCCCAUCUCCUCCUCUCUGAUAAUCCCCGACUCCUCCUCAACCCCCUCACCGGCGCUCGGCUCCCCCUCCCUGACUCUCCCUUCCCCGCUUCCAGCCCCGUCAUCCAAGGCUACCUCGUCCGCACCGCCGACCACUCCCCGGCGCCGGUGGUUCUUUGCAACGCCAAGAAGCUCUACUUCCAUUUCUGCCACCCGGACCCGGCCAAGGGUGGACCUACAGGCCUCGGAGUCGGAGAUGGUGAUGGUUGGGCGGAGCUGCCGGUGCCAGGCCUUGUCGCAGAGAACAUUUUCCACAACGGGAAGCUGUAUGUGUGCGAUGAUCAAGGCCACGUUAUGGUCUUUGACGCGGCCACGUUGGCCGUGCUCGGGGCUGUGCCGCCGCCUUUGCCACAAGUCGCCCCUCCACGCAGGGAUGCCUUCGACUGCACCGCCCUGGUGCCAUCUGGAGACGAGUUGCUGUGCGUGAUCCGGCACUUCGGGAAGGAUGGGCGUGGGGAGUUACUGGAGGAUUGCGGCAGUUUGAAGGUUCACCGGUUGGAUAUGGAAAUUGGACAGGGGCAUGAUCAGUUGACACAAUUGCCACGGUGGGUUCAGAUGAGGAGCAUUGGUGAUCGUAUGCUAUUUAUUGGGCUGUUCCAGGGGUUCUCAUUCAAUGCCUCGGAUUUCCACGGAUUUAAGGGGAUUGCAUCUAUUUCUUCAAGUUGGAGAGGGACAAGAGGUCUUCCAUCUACAGGUUUAGUAGCAUGGAAGAUGGCCACACUGAGGAGCUGCCUGGCCCGUGGAUGCAUGCUUGCACUUGGUUUGCGCCGAGCUUGUCUUAGCACUUGCUAUGGACAAGCGGGGUAA